AUGGCUAGUGGAGGCAGUGGCAGCGGAGGCUGGGCUACAAGUGGCGAUGGCAGCAAGUCACACGCAGGCUGCCGCUCGGUUUCAAGCAGCAGCGGGCACUGGGCUGCAGGCCACGGCGGCUCUGUUUCAAGCGGCGGAGGACAGGAAGCUGCAGGCGACGGCGGCUACAUUUCAAGCGGGGUCGACGGCUGGGCUGCAAGCGGCAGUCGCAGCUUUGUUUCAAGCGUCGGAGACGGCCGGGCUGUAGGCAAUGACAUGGCAGCCAUAGCCGCCGUCCACCACGACGAGUUUGACUUCAUCACCGGCCUUAUCGACUCUGACGCAGAGACAGAAGACCAGCAGCUAGGCGCCGUCGAUGUACAGUUGUCGGAGAAGAUGCCACCAUGGAGCAUGCGAUCUCUGAGUGCAUUAGGAAGGUGGCUUGACGUAGAGAAGGGGACCGAACAUGCACAGGUUCUGCUGACCGGAGACCUCGUUGGCAUGGAAGACGACCUUGAUAACUAUGAGGAGGAAGAAGGUGUCUUCGUUGACGACGUAACAGAGAUGUAUCCACCCCAAGUGCCAUGGAGCUUACCCUCGUAUUUCUCACUUCUCGCCCUCUUCUGUCUCCAAGGCGUGAGCGCCGACAGGGUUAAGUUCACCUCCUUGUUUGCCCUCGGCGACUCCAACAUCGACACCGGCAACCUGCUUAUCUUGGCUACUCCGGAUGUGCCUGUGUUCAAUAACAAGCCUCCUUACGGCAAGACCUUCUUUGGCCACCCCAAUGGCCGCUUCAGCGACGGGAGAGUCACCAUCGAUUUCAUCGCCGAGGAGUUUGGUCUCCCUCUUCUUCGACCCUCCCUGCAAAAGAGCCCUGACGUCUCCAAGGGCGUCAACUUCGCUGUCGGCGGCGCGACGUCGCUCAACGCCGACUUCUUCGAGAGGAACAAAUAUGUUAAUUUCAAGCUUCUAAACAGUUCUCUGAACGUGCAGCUGGACUGGUUCGAGAAACUCAAGCCAUCGUUUUGCAAGACGGCAGGACCAAGUGAAUGCUUCAAGAAAACCCUCUUCGUCGUCGGGGAGUUUGGAGUGAACGACUACAACCUGGCAUGGGCUGCGGGGAAGUCUGAAGGCGAAGUGAGGGCUUAUGUACCUCAAGUUGUGCAAAAUAUUGCCAAUGCCGUCGAUGUGCUCAUCAAAGGAGGUGCAACUUACGUGGUCCUGCCGGGGAUCCCGCCGAUCGGGUGCUCGCCGUCCCUGCUGGCGACCCGCGUGAAGCUCAACAAGGCGAAGGAGUUCGACCAGCUCGGCUGCCUAAGCGACGUCGACCGCGUGACCAAGUACCACAACACCCAGCUCCGUGAUGCGAUCGACGGUCUGAGGCGCAAGUACACGCAUGCCAAGGUCAUCAAGGCUGACUUCUACAACCCGAUCAUCGACAUCCUCCGAAACCCUGGCCGGUUCGGAGUGGCCGGCGGCGACGUUCUGCGGGCUUGCUGCGGAGGUGGCGGGAAGUACAACUGGAACAUCAGCGCCGUGUGCAGCCAACCGGGGGUGGCCGCCUGCAAGAAUCCCUCGGCGUUUGUGAGCUGGGACGGGACUCACUUCACGGAGGCCACGUACCGCCACGUCGCCAAAGGGUGGCUCUCCGGUCCUUACGCCGAUCCGCCCAUACUGAAUGCUAAUAACUAG